AUGGCAUAUUACAACAUCACAGGUGACACCCAAUUUACUGAUCAAAUGUAUGACGACGCAGAGUGGUAUUCGGAGUACCAACGUGUUUGUCUGGUCGAUCCGACAGCACUUCCUACAUCUCCGUUCAAUACCAGUUUUGUGGUGUCGACAACAGAGGGUUUAGCCGUCACUAGUUCAACCCCAGCGAUCACCAAAGCAUCUGCCACACUUACCUCAUCCGCUACUUCAACUUCAACGGCGACAAGCGCAACGGCGACGCCAACCCCAACGGUAACCAUUUCUCCUAAUGGUUUGUGCGGUACUGCAAACUACGGAUACACUUGUGAAGGGUCAUCUUUCGGUGAAUGUUGCAGCACUUAUGGAUACUGUGGAUCCACAGACGACUAUUGCUUGUCGGCAAAUUGUGACGCGAACUUUGGCAUCUGUCCGGGAAGCGUAUCUCCUAAUGGCUUGUGUGGUAGUGCCAAUUAUGAUUACACAUGCCAAGGAUCGACAUUUGGCGAUUGUUGCAAUGGAUCAAGUGAUGACUACUGUACAUCGGCGAAUUGCGACGCAGCCUACGGUACCAUUCGUUCCUGA